CUGUACAGUCGGAAUAUUACCAUUUCGAAAUUGAGAUGCGCCACAUCUCUUAGCUUGUUGACCUCCUUGUUUAAUUUAGAAAGUAUUUGGCUUUAUUAGCGAAGAACUCUCGAAGCACGAAAAUUGGACAACAAAUUAUGGAAUAUUGAUAACAUUCGCUACCCUCUGUCCUUUUAGUGUAAUCUUCGGAAAUACUCGCUUGCUAUGGAUAGUGUAAAUGUGGACAAUGAUUCGUUGAAAGCAAAAAUCCGGAGUUGCAAUACUUUGAACACAUUUUAUCACGAAACGCGACAACAGAUGGAUACUUUGAAUAAGCAGAUUAUCAAAAGGGACAAUUUAAUUGCUGAUCUUAAAGCAAAAUUGGGUAAAUAUGAGAGAAUCGAUAUUAAUGUCGAAGGACAAGAGUCAGUUGUGAUUGGACCAUCCACGUGCUUAAUUGAAAGUUUAUGUAAAGAAAUCUGCAAAAUAAAGCAACAAUUUUACGAGACACAGGUGAACACGUCCCAUCAAGCAGAGUUGAGUCAACAAGAGAUCCAGAGGCUGAAGCAGCAACUGAGAGAGAAGGAGAGGGAGCUGGAGACCGUCACCCUCCAACCAGAGCAUGAGAAGGACGAGGAGAUCCAGAGGCUGCGGGGAGCGCUGGAGGAGAAGGAUCGAGCCCAGGCCACGCGAGCUGUGCUGUGCAACUCCCUGGUGGAGGAAGCAGACCAGCUGCGAGCCCAGCUGGCAGCGACAGUCCGGGUAUGCCAGGAGCUGCUGGGCAGACUGGAGAAAGAGAAGAAGGGAGGGGUGACGGAGGAGGAACAGACGCAACAGAGGGCAAAGCAGAUGUCAGACGGGUCUCAGGAAGCACUGGUAAAAAAACUGCAGGAGCAGAACCGACAGCUGAAACACAGCGUGGCUCAUGUUGAAGCUCUGAACGCUAAAUGGCAGAAGUAUGAUGCGAGCAGGGAAGAGUACGUCAGAGGACUGUGCCAGCGACUGAAAGAGUUCAGUGCCCAGGCUACCUCCAGCACUAGCCCAGUAGAAGGGCCUGGGCCUAGGCCCGGGUCUGGAUCAGGCUUGGUGCCUGGCUUGGCCUCACCCAGUAGCGGGUUGCUCCAGAAGGAGAUAGCCAGGCUUAAUGGCUUACUGGAAGAGAAGAUGAGAGACUGUGGGAGACUUGGAAGAGACUUGGAGGGCAUGAGGAGGAAAAACCAGGAAUGUAUUCAAACGCUAGAGCAACAGGUUCUUAUCUAUACAGAGGACUUCAAGUCGGAGCGAGCGGACCGGGAGAGAGCACAGGGCACGAUCCAGGAUCUGAAGGAGGAGGUCUCUCGCCUACAGCAGCAGCUCCACGCACAGAGUCGUGGUAAGGACGCAACGGCCACAUGCAGAGUUCAUACCGGAGUCCGAGUCUCACCUCACCGUCGUAUGGACACGGCCCAAUCGUUGUUAAGGACUAGCACGGACCUGCCGGUUCCCAAGCACCAGACCAGCCAAUCAGCAGCAGCACAGACAGAGUUGCUUGUCCCAGCCUGGAUGGAGAGCCGGGGACUGUCAGAACUACAGUGCCCACGAUGCUUCACAACGUUUGACGAAAACCAGGCCACAGAGUAUCUGAACCACUGUGAGGAGUGCGCCAGGCUGUGAAAGGUACAAAACAUGAAUGAGACUUCUAGACUAUUAUCUCUUCCUGACUUGUUAUUCUAUUCCGGACCUGACGAAAGCCGAGCACUGGAGAAAAACACUAAAUGUGGCUGAAAGUUUUGGACUUUUGAAAUGUAUUUCAAAUAAGAACUGACUUCGAGUUCAGGGUCUAAACCUCUUAAAUGUCAUGAGUGUCAAAUGUUUUAUUUAGCAGUCCCACUAUGUUUCACAUAAGAUUGACCCCCAAAUAAUGCAGGGGUGUUUUGUGGCAAGAACAUAAGAUGUCUGUUUGAAUGGACAGUAUAAAUACUAGGUGAUUGAAUAUCACUGCAAUAUAAAAUAUACCUCCAUUAAUAUUCUUCGCAUGAAAUGAUGACCGUGUUGCACAUCCUUCUUAUCUCAUGCCAAAUUGAUUUCCUAAAUGCACAGAUUGUAAAUUAACUGAGUUUAAAUACAUAAGCUUCCCUCUGGUUAAAGAUUUUGAGUUUAUUCUUAAUGUGGUGCUAUUAGCUGUACAUGUUUUAAUGAUACUUUUUGAGUCUGUAAAUUAUCUAUUCAGUUUACCCGAUAUAUUUUUUGAACUAGCUACUGUACAUGCCACAGACAGAGUUCAAUCACAGUAUUAUAUCUAAUUUAUUUUAUCCGUGUUGUUCUAGAAACUGGCACGUAACAGUGAAAACCAAAAGGAUUAAUAAUUUUUGCACCCAACACAUGUUACAUUCUUGCAAUAAACCCAUAAUGCUCCAUUAUCUCAACUGAAAUGCAAAAGAAAGUGCUUUUUCAGUUGAAUCAUGACUGACAUUGUUUUAGCUCAGUUCUAUGAAAUAUCACAAUAUCCCUUGCUGUUGUUCACAAAUAUUUAUUUUUUUAUAAUAAAAGUUUUGUGUUUGCCUCGA